CCACCACCACACACGCAAGCCUUACUUUACUCUUAGCUCUCACUUUCUUCACAACCCUACGUCUUUCUUGCUCCCACAACAUAAGAUGAGGUCCAAGUUCAAGGAUGAGCACCCGUUCGAGAAGCGCAAAGGAGAGGCUGAGCGCAUUCGUCAGAAGUAUCCAGAUCGUAUACCUGUUAUCUGCGAGAAGGCAGACCGGACAGAUAUCCCUACUAUCGACAAGAAGAAGUACCUUGUACCAUCGGAUCUGACGGUCGGCCAAUUUGUGUAUGUUAUCAGAAAGCGGAUCAAGCUUGCUCCCGAGAAGGCCAUCUUUAUUUUCGUCGAUGAAGUGCUACCACCAACAGCACAACUCAUGAGCGCCAUCUACGAAGAGCACAAAGACGAAGAUGGCUUCUUGUACGUCACCUACUCCGGCGAGAACACAUUCGGUUCCAAUUCGCGGUGAAUGGCAUCUAUGGACACUACACAAAUCGCUCAUAUUCUUUUUUGUCGAAUCCUCAUUUUCAUCAUAUCUCGCCUGCACCACUUUCCAGUUUCUUUCGCCACUGUAAUUAUCUCAAGUAUCGUCCAUUCCGCUCGCAGGGGUUGUGAAGCAUGAGGAUGCGGCGUGGCAGGAGUCUGCACCCCGCGCAUUAUUUCAUCCUCUCCUCUCUUACCCCGCAUGUCGCAUACCCGAUGUGCGCCCCUUGCCGAUGCACGCCACUUCUGUUUACUUACUCCUCUUGCGAUUGUGGAAUCUUUGUAUCUUAUACUUCCUCUGACGCCUCACAGAAUGCAUGAAUGAUUUAUGACACGGAUUACC